CAAGACCAAUCAUACAAUAUCUAUUAUACACACACACAUACCACAUACUAUCGAGUUAUGUUUACUCCUCGGAUCAAUCGAUGCGUAUCCGCCAAGCGUAUCCUCCAGCGCGGCUUCAGCGCAACAACCGCCAAGCGCAUGACGCCGCAGCAAAUGGAGACUAUCAAACUCACUAUACCGGCUCUGCAGCAACACGGCGUGGCUAUCACAACACUCUUUUACAAGAACAUGUUGCGUGAUAACCCGCAGCUGCGCAACAUGUUCAACAUCACCCACCAAAUCACCGGCGAGCAGCCUGCCGCGCUUGCUCAUGCUGUCCUGGCGUAUGCUGCCAACAUUGAAAACCCGGCGGUACUGUUGCCCGUGGUUUCUCGCAUUGCGCACAAGCAUGUCAGUCUGGGAGUUACCCCGGAGCAGUAUGCUGUUGUUGGGGAGAACCUCCUUGGCGCGAUCCAGCAGACUCUUGGUACGGCUGCCACUCCGGCUAUUCUCGACGCAUGGAAAGCCGCGUAUGGCCAGCUCGCAAAGAUCUUCAUUGACUUUGAGGGCGGCUUGUACGAAAACGCUCAAAGGACACCUGGAGGUUGGAAAGGGUGGCGCAAGUUCGUCCUUGCUGCGACGAAGCAAGAGAGUGACGACAUUGUCUCGUUCCACUUGUCUCCCGUGGACGGACAGGCCCUUCCAGCCUUUAAGCCCGGUCAAUUUGUCAGUGUGCGAUGCUAUGUGCCUGAACUCAAGGCGUACCAGCCACGACAGUACAGUCUAUCGGAUAUUCCUAACCAGACACACUUUCAGAUCUCGGUCAAAAGAGAGCCUGGGUCUCAUGUUCAGCCGGCUGGCCGAGUGUCCAACAUAUUGCAUCGGGGACUCGCUGUUGGCUCAGAAGUGGAAGUCAGUAUGCCAUUUGGCGACUUUGUGCUUGAUACCACCGCCACCACGCCUGUCGUAUUGGUAAGUGGUGGUGUGGGCCAGACGCCAAUGAUGACCAUGCUCAAGACGGCUAUUGCACAACCUACCAAGAGAAAGGUGGUCUAUGUACACGCUGCGAGAAACGGCCGCGCACAUGCCAUGAAGGGCGAACUUGGAGCCGUCAUGGCGGCACGGAGCGAUAUUGAUCGUGCCAUCUUCUACGAAGAGACCACGGACGCUGAUAGACAGGGUGAGGACUAUGACCACGUCGGAAGAGUGGACAUGGUCAAAAUCAAGGACACGGUCCUUUUGCCCGAGGCCGACUACUACAUAUGUGGUCCGGCGCCAUUCAUCAAGGCGCAAUGUAAGGCGCUCAAGGAUAUGGGGGUGGCAGAUGAAAAGGUGCAUUCAGAACUCUUUGGAUCGCCUACAGAAUGAACUAAGCAGGCUUUCUUGCUGUUGUAUUUAUAUUUGUAUUUCUAAGAUAGACUGUAUUUUGUAUUAUAUUGGACUUGUAAAUUAGACAUCUCCUUACAUAAUAUCUAUAUCCGAGUCAUUAAUACCUAGAAUAGGCAUCGUUGCCUCAGACGAGUUCAUCCAAUAUUCUUUGGACCAUUUUUUGCUCGUUAUUAACUGUCCAUGCAUAGUAACCCGCAGGUCGACAAAACUACAUGCCGCACCCAAAUAUGGCCCUGGGCGAAGGAAAAAUAAAAAGGAG